CCACCUCCCCCACCACCUCCUGUUACACCAACUGCUGUGCCUCCUCCGCCGCCCCUGCCCCAGCCCACAGCCCCCUCUGAGCCAGCCCGGACAGUGAGUGAGGAGAGCAGCAAUGCAGUGCCUGCAGCUUCAGUCCAGGGAGCCCCCAAGGAGGUGGUGAACCCCUCUACUGGACGUGCCAGUCUCCUGGAGUCCAUCCGUCAGGCCGGUGGCAUUGGGAAGGCCAACCUCCGCAGUGUCAAGGAGAGGAAGCUGGAGAAGAAGAAGCAGAAGGAACAAGAACAAGUGAGAGCUACAGGACAAGGUGGAGAUUUGAUGUCAGACCUCUUCAACAAACUGGUGCUGAGGCGCAAAGGUAUUUCAGGGAAAGGGCCAGGAGCCUCUGGAAAUCCUGAUGCUCCUGGAAGUCCUGCUGGUGCCUUUGCUCGUAUGUCAGACUCAAUACCACCCCUCCCACCGCCACAGCAGCCUGGGGGCGAGGAGGAUGAGGAUGACUGGGAGUCAUAGAUGGGGUCAAGCAGGCAUCAGUGUGAAUCC